UACAAUAUUGUGUUUUUCUUUUUUCUAAUUUGGUUACUCCAAAUUUUAUGAUGAACUGGCUGUUUCAGUGCCUUUUUUUACAACAGGAAUAUCUGAAUCAGGGAGUCUUUUCAGGGUUCACUUCAUGGUUUCUAAGGGCUUUAAAUGUAAGGAGUUGAGGUCACUCGUUUUAGGUGUUUAUAAAAAUGUGAUGCUUCAUUUCUCAAUGCGAGGGUAUAAGCCCUGGCCGCGCUUAGAAAUCUAGUCCAUAAAGAUACUGAAGCCCUGCCAGAGUCCAGAAUGCACCGGGAACAAAUCUUACUGCUGGCGAUGCGAAUCUUAUGGCAGGUUUUUGCUAACCAACUGAUACUAGGGACUGAUUCUGAUUCACCUUGAUCUCACCGUCUUCCAGUAGACUACAGAAGUAGUUUUUAUUUGUGUCAGAAAGACAGUUCAGAUCAGCAGCUGGUUUCUUGAAAAAGCUUCCAAGGCAUGAUGAUUCAGUCACAAGUUUGUGUAGAGAGGCCGAGUUCUUCUGUUUGAGCGUCUUUGAGUGCUAGCUGCUUUUUUCAGCUGCGCAGUGGCCAUAGCAAGACAUGUUCAGAGUGACUGCUUUUAGUAUAUUUAGUAUAUUAUAAACAGGCACAGCUUUUUCUCUUUCUCUAAAUCCCAUUCUUGAACAAACUGAUUCAGGCCAAUGACAAAAUGUUCCUUCUGGAUUGGAGUAACCCUUGAAGGCUUGAAGGAGAGAGUGGGAGAAAAAAAGAAAGCAUUGUUUAGUUUUAAAACUCAUCAACAGGAAAAGCAGAAAUAUUUCACUAGUUGUGAUCACUAGUUAAGUAGACCAUGAUGUUUAACGUUAACGUUCAUGUUCUGCAGAUUAAGGAUAUGAUGGCGCUUUUGGUGAUGGCCAGAACGCUACCACUGAGGCAGCAUUUCCUGAGCUAUUUGGACGAAUGGUUCCUUCAGUCUCUGAAAGCGUGUGCUGGUAAGCCUCCGUCUUCUUCCCAUCUCCGAACCUCUACCGUCUGCUUUUCCUCAUGUUCCAGCCUCGGUCCAAGGGGUGCAUGCGCCGCAGAACGAGACUCGGUGUUCCUCGCCGCCAGAUCUUCUCGCCCUUACCAGGAGCUCCUCCCCAGUGGAACUGCUCUGUCUCUGUUGCACUACCUGCCUUCUGACGAAGACCGCGCUUUUAUGAAACGACUCGCCUCGUGUACUUCGUCUCAGCAAGUUCUUCGCCUCUUGCGAUCUCACCCUUACCUCUCAGGUGCAACGGCAGCAUCGAUACUUCACCGGCUCGCGGACCUGGAGCACCAUUCCACGCACGAUCUAUCAGAUGCUCUGCUGUCCGAUGCGGGCCUUAAUAAACUUUGUCAAACCCUGGAGCACGAUUCAGCAGGAUUGCAGGAUGAGGUAUUGGUCAGAGCUCUCCUGGGCUGUACGCGUCUCUACCUUGACCCUCACAGCAGCCUAGUGCUAAAGCUGGUGUCCGAGAGUCGAAAGAGACUGAAUUUGGAGCGGCUCGGCGUCGAAACGCUGUGUGGGUUAUCAAGGGCUUUAUUUGCGUUGGAAGGACCUAACAGCGGCGUUCUAAAACAGGCUAUGAGUCAGAUCCAAAGUAAAGAUACGGGUCAGUGGAAUAUGGCAGAGCUAGUCGCUGCUUACUCGAUGCUUUCAACAGGUUUGGGUGAAGAUGAUUGCUAUCAGGAGCUUCUAAAUAAAAUGAACGCUCGGGCACGUCAGUUAGCGCCACUAAUGGGCCCAAGCAUGAUUAGUGAAAUUCUAGCCGCUUUAUUAAAAUCGAGACAUAAUAAAGCAUUGCCGCUCGUAAUUGCACUUUGCAAGCAAGCUGUCCAUCACGUGAAAAACUUUGCAGACGAGGAACUGACUGUGGUGCUGUCUGCACUCAUGCACUACGGACACAAUGACCACUUUCUGGUGGUAGCUCUCGAGCGCCACGUGCCCAAGGUCGCCUUCACUGCUCAUCCAGAGACCGUUACCAAGGUGAUGCAGUUUUUCCGGAGAUGGCGCAUUCUUUCUCCACCCGUUUUUAACACGGUGGCUGAGAGCUUCUUGUAUCGUGCUGAGGAGUACUCGACGUGCCAGGUGUCGCAACAGAUCGCCGCUCUGGGAGCGUUGGGAUACCUGCCACCUGAUGCCGGGAGGUUGUUCCAAAAAGUGGAGUCCGUUUUGCAUGCCCGCUUUUCCCAAUUUCAUCCCAGAGCCCUGCUAGACCUACUGUAUGCCUGUACCCUUCUACAGAGAUAUCCACUUAAUUUUGUCUCAAAAGUCUUCAGUCCUUACUUCAUGCAGCAGCUACAGGGGGAGGAGGGCAGCAGGAUAGAUCACAAAGUGCUUGAACAGCUGACCCAACUUUACAUGACUGUAAAACUUGAGUGUCCGUUUUACGACGGACCACGACUUCCGCAGAAGUUUCAAGUCAAGUCAUUUUUGGAUUUGGAGACUCCGGUCCAGCCUCACUUCUACAACGCUGUGAGGUCCGCUCUGGUGGAUCUGCUCGGGGCUCAGUCGUUCUUUGCUUCCAGAGUACUCACACCGUAUUGUUAUACGCUAGACAUUGAGAUAAAACUAGAUGAAGAAGGCUACGUCUUGCCUGCUUCGCAUAGAGAUCAGGUUUAUAAAAGAAUUGCUCUCUGUAUUGAUGGGUCUAAGCGCUUCGCAGCUAAUUCAGACAAACUGCUAGGCAAGGAAUCCAUCAAGCAGCGGCACCUGAGGAUUCUGGGAUAUGAAGUUGUCCAGAUUCCAUACUCUGAAUUUGAGACACUCAAGAAUAAAAAAGAGGCCGUGGAAUAUCUGCACAAGAAGAUCUUUCCUCACAGCUACAGACUCAGCUGGUGAUCUCUAGAUUACCAAAUAAAAAAAAACUAAUGAAUUGUAGAUCAAUAUGUAUACAGAAGUUUGUGUACAGAAAUUAUAUUGAUUUGUGAACAGAUUGUAUGUAAAUUAUAUUUAUUUAUGCUUUCAAUAAAGUGUAUUGCAGUACAAAGUAAA